AUGGGAAGGGUCGCGCGCCGCACGUCCGCGCUGUGCCUCUUCCCCUUCCGCGCCGCCGCGACGGACUCGCGGUCGCCGUCGCCGCCGCGGUCGACGUCUUCGCCGCCGCGCGCGGAGGACGCGUCGCGCGACGAGAACGCGGGGCGCGGGCUCGGGGAGGGGAGAGGGGGCGCGGCGUCGCCCUCGGACGCGGCGCGCGACGACGACGACGGCGACGGCGACGGCGACGGCGACGGCGACGACUGCUGGUGGGCGCGCGACGUCUCGCGGCGCGGCGGCGCGGGCGUCGCGUCCGCGGCCGCGGCGCUGCGCGCGCGGCUCGAGCGCGACGACGCGGAGGACGACGACGGCGCGAGGGACGCGGACGAAGGCGAGCGGGCGCGCGCGCGGCGCGCCGGUCGGUCCGGAAUAAAAAAUGCAAACGCGCGCGCGGUCGCGGGAGCCGGAGACGACGACGGCGGAGGCGGCGUCGAGCGCGUCCACGCCGCGCUCGCGGACGUCGUCCGCGCCGCGGCGACGGAGCGCGACGCGGUGACGCGCAUGGAGAUCGUGUGCGGCGGCGUGCUCUCGCUGUGCGACGCGCUGGUGUCCGCGGAAGACGCCGCCGCCGCCGACGCCGGCGGCGGCGGCGGCGAUCCUCCGCUCGGAUCCCACCUCGUUCGCCGACUCGCGCGCGCCGACGGCCUCGACGCGCACGUCCAAGACCAGUGCUCGUACGCGUACGACGACGCGGUGCGGACGGUGGAUCACUUCGUGGACGGACGACGACAGCGCGUGUGGGGCAGCGCGAAGGUCGCUGCGGCGCCCACCUGCGCGCUCGUCGGGUCCACGCUGGUGAUCGACCUGCCACCGCCGCCGCCGCCGCCGCCGGACGACCCGCCGAGGGCGGACGGCGACGCCGUUCGCGAGGGGUGUUACAUCGAACUCGGCGGCGCCGGCGGGCACCCUGAUUUUCUCCGACGCGUCCGCGGCGUCGACGUCGACGCCGACGCCGACGCCGACGCCGACGCCGGCGGCGGGCCGGUCGCGACCGAUGAAGUGUACGCGUUCAACCUCCCGAGCGUCCGCGUCGGCGGGUUCUUGAAAGGGAAAUUCCCGCGCGCGUCGCUGCGCGGACGGGUCACGGUGACGUGCGAGAAGACCGCGACGGAGGCGACGAUCGAUUUCCGUCGGCGGCGCGUCGGCGGAUGCGUUCGACGCGGCGGCGAGGCGCGCAGCCUGCUCCUCGGCGCGAGCGGCGGAAACGCAUACGCGUCGACCGUUUCAUCAUCGAACACCACCGCGGACGACGACGCGGACGGCGGCGGGUGCCGGGAGGAGGUGAAGGUUCGAGCGAUUAAGACGGCGUCGACGGCGCGACGCGGCGGCGGCGGCGGCGGCGGCGUCUCGAUCGCUCGCGGGUUGCGAAACCCGCGCGCCAUGACGUGCGCUCGGCUGUGGCACGCGAUCGCGGACGCGACGCACGGCGCUCGCCUCGGCGCGCUCGGCGACUCCGCGCGCGCGCGCGUCGUGCGACCGCUCGCGCCUCCCGCGGCGGUCGUGCAGAGAGGCGAGGGGUGCGGGCUGCUCGGUCAGCUCUCGGGUGCAUUCUAUACACUGGUCCCCAUACGACCGCGUUCGCGUGGUGAACGCCGUUUCUUAAGGACUUUUGCCGUCGUUUCUCUCCGCCCACCCCUCGGUCUCAAUCCCCGCCCUCGGCGCCUUUCAACUCCAACUGACGCCUUUCAACUCCACCCCGACGUUCGCUCGUAUAGAACGACCCUCAGACGGCGGCGAAGAAAACGGCGGCGGCGACGAAAACGGCGGUGGCGGGCGGCGGCGGCGGAUGAUGCGCUACGAGACCGCGCUCUUGCUGACGACCGCGGCGCCGGCGGACGCGGCGCCGCCGCUGCCGAGGCACUGGUCGCCGAUGAAAGCCCCGGCGAGGCGGCCGCGGUAGUCGUCUCGGCCGUCGGUAGGGUGGUUCGCGAAGAAAUGCGCGCGCGCCCGUCUGAUCCGGGAUGCGAAUCGUCGCGGAAAGUGUCUUGUCAAUAA